GCUUAAUAGACUCGCUGGAUCAAAAAUUAGUUAAGGGCCGGAGAUUCCAAUUCUUCGAAGGAGCUAAACAGAUCAACACUCAUUCCCCCCCGUCCUCUUCACAUUUUGAAACCUUUGAAGUUUGAACUAUUCGGAGCCGGAGGGAGAUCUCCCGCACCUAACUUCUAAUGGAGGUUCCAAAUGUUCAAGAGAUAAUAGAGAAGCAAGUUCUGACGGUAGCCAAGGCAGUCGAGGACAAGAUCGACGACGAGAUCUCGGCCCUAGAUCGGCUCGAUCUCGACGACAUCGAGGCGCUGAGGGAGCGACGGCUCCAGCAGAUGAAGAAGAUGGCGGAGAAGCGGGGCCGUUGGAUUGCCCUCGGCCACGGCGACUACUCCGAGAUCCACGCCGAGAAGGAUUUCUUCUCCGUCGUCAAGGCCAGCGACCGCGUCGUCUGCCAUUUCUACCGCGAGAAUUGGCCUUGCAAGGUGAUGGAUAAGCACUUGAGCAUAUUGGCAAAGCAGCAUAUAGAGACGCGCUUCGUGAAAAUAAAUGCUGAAAAGAGUCCAUUCUUGGCUGAGAAGCUCAAGAUUGUUGUACUGCCGACCCUCGCCCUUAUAAAGAAUGCCAAAGUGGAUGAUUACGUGGUUGGUUUUGAUGAGCUGGGUGGCACGGACGAUUUCAGCACAGAGAUACUGGAGGAGAGAUUGGCUAAAGCUCAAGUUAUAUUUCUCGAGGGUGAAUCGUCUCUAAAACCGUCGAACUCUAUUGCCAAAACCAGAAGCGUUAGGCAAAGCAAAAAAUCAUACAAUUCGGAUUCGGAGUGAGCAUUGUCGUAAUUCCUUUCUUUCCUUUAGCGGGAAGUCUACUACGAGGUUUGAGCAUUGCAUCUUCAUAUCUAGAACUUAAAAAGAGUGUUUUAUCAGCUAUUCGACGCAGGCAUUUUCACCUGCCAGAUGUGGUUCAGAAAUUCUCUUCAUUUGUCUUAGAUUCACCGUAUUCCUUGAAACCAUCUCUUCGAUGGUACUGUGUCCUUGUACCUUUCUAUCAACUCAAAUUUUGCAA